AUGGCGCCAAAACCGGUAACUUCGCCGACGGCUAAUUCACCCCUCAUUCUUGCUGUUUCUACUCUCAUUCUUCUCUUCUCCGCCUCUGCUUCCGCCUCUGCGCAUGAUUACUCCGAUGCUCUCCGGAAAUGCAUUCUCUUUUUUGAAGGUCAACGUUCCGGCAAACUUCCGCCGGAUCAGCGUGUCAGGUGGCGCAGUCAUUCUGCAUUGCACGACGGAGCAUCCGCCGGAGUCGAUUUGACGGGAGGAUACUACGACGCCGGAGAUAACAUUAAGUUCGGUUUUCCGAUGGCGUUUACGACGACAUUGCUGGCGUGGAGUGUGAUUGAUUUUGGGAGGAUCAUGGGGCCGGAGCUAGGGCAUGCAGUUAGGGCGGUGAAAUGGGGAACAGACUACUUAUUGAAGGCAACGGCAACGGACGGUGUCGUUUAUGUUCAAGUAGGGGAUGCUAUUUCGGAUCAUAACUGUUGGGAGAGGCCGGAGGAUAUGGAUACAUUGCGAACGGUGUUUAAGAUUGAUCGGAACCACCCUGGAUCUGAUGUGGCAGGGGAGACCGCCGCUGCAUUGGCCGCUGCAUCAAUUGUUUUCCGGUCACGUGACCCCACUUACUCGCGCAUUCUUCUCAACCGUGCUGUUAAGGUCUUCCGGUUUGCUGACACAUACAGAGGCGCAUACAGCAAUGCAUUACACUCUGCUGUUUGCCCUUUUUACUGUGACAACAAUGGUUACCAGGAUGAACUGCUAUGGGCAGCAGCAUGGUUGCACAAGGCAUCAAGAAGACGGCAAUACAGGGAGUACAUAAUACGGAAUGAGGUCAUUUUAAGGGCAGGGGACACCAUUAAUGAAUUUGGUUGGGAUAACAAACACGCGGGCAUCAAUGUUCUCAUCUCCAAGGAGGUGUUAAUGGGAAAAUCACCUGAUCUGAGAUCAUUUCAGAACAACGCAGAUGCUUUCAUUUGUUCAUUAUUGCCUGGAACUGCCCAUCUUCAAGUUCAAUACUCACCAGGUGGAUUGAUCUUUAAAGCUGGAGGGAGUAACAUGCAACAUGUAACUUCAUUAUCUUUCUUGCUGUUGGCCUAUUCUAACUAUCUAAGUCAUGCCAAUCAUGUGGUGCCAUGUGCUGGAAAAUCUGCCUCCCCUGCUCUUCUCAAAAGCUUGGCUAAACGUCAGGUGAACUAUAUCCUUGGGGAUAAUCCAAUGAGGAUGUCUUAUAUGGUAGGAUAUGGAAACCGAUACCCGCAAAGGAUUCACCACAGAGGAAGCUCGUUACCUUCGGUUAGAGUCCAUCCAGCUCGCAUUGGUUGCAAGGCUGGAUCUCGUUACUUCUUUAGCCCAAACCCCAACCCAAAUGUAUUGGUUGGAGCCGUAGUGGGUGGGCCCAACACCACCGACGCCUUUCCCGACUCUAGACCCUUCUUUCAAGAAUCAGAGCCAACGACUUACAUAAACGCACCGUUGGUCGGGCUACUAGCCUACUUUGCAGCCCACCCUUGAUUUGAAACUGAAUAGAGUAGUGGUGCGCAAAAUGGUCACCCUGCCUUCCUUCCCAUUAAGAUUUAAGAUCUUCCAAAAUGGAAAAUUUGCAAUUGUAUCU